AUGAAGGCAGGAAAACUGGCACUGGGUUUCCUCACACUAAGCAUAUGCAUGUGGGUGGCCAAUGCGGCCAGUAGCACGACGUCUACAGAGGCCGCCACGACGACAACGACAACAACAACGGCGGCCACAGCAACGACAACAACUACGACAGCCUCCUCCUCCUCCUCGAGUGUUAAGAGGAAGCGUUUCCGGAUCUCCAAUCUAAAUUAUUCGGUGACGCGCAGGUACAGGAUCUACAGGAGCACCACCGCCAGUACCAGGAGUAGAUCAAGGCGUCUACGCAACCGGCGCCUUGUCAGGGUCUUGAGGCGGAGCAACAAUCGGGGUUGA